UUAACUAAUUAUAAGAAUAAUAAUCGUUUAACUAGUGAUAAAAAGCGAUAUCUUAUCGCCAGAAAAAUGAAAUAUUUAUGGGAAGGCAAUCUCGGCCAUGCUGUAGAUGUAAGUAUAGCAAUAUAUCAUUUGUACAACGAACUAGUUUACUCUAAAAUAGGACGUGGGUAUGAGUAUAGAUUUCAUCAUUUUAUGGAUGAGCAUUGGGGCACAAAUUGCACAGGAAAUACUUAUUGUGAUAUUAGUUAUAAAGACUAUAUGGAACUUAAAAGCAGAUCUGAAGUUAGCAACUUCUACUUUGAAAAAAAAGCAAUUCAUUGUUAUGAAUUGUGGAUGCAGAAUGCUAUCAGAAGAGUUAAACGUGCAAAAGAGAUUGGAAAAAAAAUUCGAGCUAUAAGG